UUAAGCAACUAGUGCCCAGUCACCAUUAACAUAGUGCUGUACUGUCACCAGCGUGUCAGACAUCAUGUUUCCUCAACCCAUGUACACAGUGGUCAACACUUCCCCUCUGCUUGCUCAAAUCCCUCACAUCCUUGUGGCCACUCAGCCCCAAGUAGUGCAAGUGAUCAUGCCGGUUGUUUUGCCAGCCCCAGGGCCCAGCGGCUCAAGGCCGAUUCAGCCGAAACCCUCUACAUCCCCGGUGUCUAUGCCCAUGUCUCCCCAAAGUUUCUCCAUCCUCACCAAGCCUCCAGACUUGGAAAGCAUGGGUGCGUUGGAUGGAGUGGACGAGGCCGAGCUGGACGAUAUUCGCGAAAUUGUCCAAUCCUUCAAAGAAAAACGCGUUGCCUUAGGACUUACUCAAGCUCAAGUGGCUGAGGACUUUCAAGCCCAGUUUGGACAAAAGUCCAUCAAUCAGAGUGUCGUAUGCCGCAUUGAGCGGCUCGACUUUCACUUAAAACAAAUGAAGCAGCUGAAACCGCUAAUUUCAAGCUGGUUGACUACAGCUGAUGAGCGUUAUUGCUACUUGAGCACCUCGGGAGCGCUAGAGCCGCUCAAUUUUAACCGCUAUGUCCUGGGCAAGACUGUGGCAGCUCAGAAGAGAAAACGUCAGAAGCGCACUAAAAUCCCCACCCAGUGUGUGGACUUGCUCAAUCGUCAUUUCGAGCAAGAUCCUCUGCCCAAUCAGUAUCGCUUAAAUGAAAUUGCCAUUGAGUUAGGCAUGGACUACAAAACGGUGAAAAUCUGGUUUCGGAACAAAAGACAACACUCCAAGGCCAGACCAGAUGCCAAUCUAGUUGACGAGGAUUUUUAUUGGGCUUCCUGAAUCAACUUGCGUUCAUUGCAUUAGAAUUUAGAAGAAAGAAAGAAAAAAACAAUAGUUUCAAACACUCAAAAUAUUUUACUUUCACAAUAUCAAACCACGUAAAUGGAUUUCUCGAAGGCAACAUCGAGAAGCAGUUUCCUUGGCCAUCCGUUUGUUCGGGCCCAGGCCUUUAAAUAUGGCCUUUCGUUUGGGAGGCACUCUUUGAUCCUUGUCUUUAGUCAAUGGUCUGUCGAAAAUUUCCACUCCCAUCACAGUACGGUUAAGGCCUCGUCCCAAUUUUGGCAAGUGCCACCACUUCAUCCAUUUCAGGGAACAACCGCUUCACCAAGUUCCAUACCAACGGGAGGUCGAAUUUCGAGUCAAUGUAGACGGCACCCAGAAGAGCUUCCAAAACGUCCCCCAAGACUUUUGGAAUCUCCACAUCCUCCAAAACGGGACAAGUGUUCUCAUUGAGCAAGUCCAGAUUGGAUAGGGUCACUUUGGCCGAGUCAUUGGCGUGAAGUUCAUUCAAUUCAUUCAAAGUGUAAUUAGCGUAAUCGUGGAUCUUCUUGAAGAUUUGUGGACUUGAAUGCAACAAAAACUUGUGGAUUUGGUUCUGAACCGUGACUUUGGCCAAGGUGUUAUUGCAAACGAGUGACGACCGCAAAAUCGUGAUUUCCCCCGGGUCUUUGUCCGGAUAUUUAGAGACCAAAUGACAAGUGACCAAAUAAUCCAACACUGCAUCCCCCAAGAAUUCAAGCCGUUCAUAGGAGUCCGUGAAGUUGUUGGAAUUGUAAGAGCAGUGGGUCAAAGCCUGAAGAAGCCAUGAUUUCUCCCUGAACUGAUAACCUAUCUUCUGUUCCACCAUCGACAAUUGGGCCUUUUUAACCAGCACGAGGAUUUUUUCAUCAUGAUCAAUAAUUUGAAGGUCUUCAUGAAAUGCAUUUGUCGGUGGAGAAAACCAUUGAUCGAAAUCCCGGUCGGAGUUGGACAAGUCAAUCCCCAAUGCCAGCAUGGCACGUAAGGCCAUUUUUGGGCCUUGAUGUGCCAGGAAGCAUCCUAUCAAGGCUUCCAUGCAAUCCGCGAGGCUUUUGUCGCCAAUCAGAUGAUAAUCACGAGGACGAAUUAGGGUACGCCCAUUGGAAUUCGGCUGUGCCUUCUCUUUAGGCUUAGCCAUUUCUUCUUUAGCCAUUUUUAUGACUUUGGCCUUCUCGCUCGCCUCAAUUUGACCCUGCGUCCGCAAUUCUUUGGCCAAAUCCGACACUUGUUCCAUAGUAAUGGCAUCAAAAAGACUGUAGGAUCUGGGAGGAGAAAGCAAUCGAUCCUCUUCGUCCCAAUCACAGAUCAACUUCUCCACGCCCACCAUGUCGGCAAAUCCGGGUGGAUUCCAGUUGCGAUGUGGCUCAAAAAUCUGUGGGGACACAAACUUGGCCAAUUGCAUGGCCAUGGCCUUACGAAAGAGGUUCUUGUUUGAAAUGACCUUGGUUCUCAAGGCCGUCAAGGAUCCCUCCUGAAGAAUCUGAUCAUUUUUGAAAUAGAUGAAUAUGCUGGUUGCGUACUUCAAGAAAGCA